AUGGACGCACUGGGAAGAGAGUUGUUUACAAACAACAAACUGUGAGAAACAAAUCGAAAAGGCUGCUGCAUAAUGUAAAUAUAGAAGUUAUGUAGUGAUGUUUGUGUAUUUCUAAGGCACUAUGUACACACCAGGAUUUAGCUAACAUAAGUAAACCGUCUAGUAUUUUACCUCUGUGUGUGGAGGCAGGGAGAUAAAGCUGAACAGGUGCAGUGUCUAAGUUACACAGAGGUGUGGGCAGUCUGCAGGACACAUGGCAGAGGAAGGCAACAAGCUGACACUGAGGCGCCUUGAGGCACCCAUCCACAAGUUCAUUAAAGUGGCUCUGCCCACGGACCUGGAAAGACUGCAGAAACACCACAAUAACAUACUAAAGUAUCAGCAGAGCCAGCAAUGGGACCGACUUCAUCAGGAACAUAUCAAUGCCAGCAGAACAGUUCAGCAAUUGAGGGCUAACAUAAGAGAGAUGGAGAAGCUGUGCACUCGGGUCCGUGCCGAAGACGCCACCGCUCUGGAGAAGCUCGUCAAGCCAGUUAGAGACAGAGCAUCCGCUGCCGCACAAGACUUCCUACUUUUGCACUCUCACCCUGUUCGUCAGCCCACACCAGCACCUGCCUCUCAGCCUCCGUCGUCCAAUUGUGUGCCCAGUAGUUGUCAUGAUGAUAAUGAUGAUGUGGAUGAGGAGCCAAAGUCUGGCAGGCAAAUCCAGCUCCACCUUCCAGAAAUCCCUGCUGACCAGAGUGCAGCUGAGUCCUGGGACAACCUGGAAGAGGAUCUGAAGGAGCUGAGUGGUUUGGUAACGGACUUCUCUCUGCUUGUCCAUUCCCAGCAGGAGAAGAUUGACAGCAUAGAGGACAACGUCAACACAGCCGCUGCCAAUGUGGAGGAGGGGACCAAGAGCCUGGGGAAGGCGGUGGGCUACAAGUUGGCGGUGUUGCCAAUUGCGGGGGCCCUGAUCGGUGGAGUAUUAGGAGGUCCACUGGGUCUGCUGGCUGGCUUCAAAGCUGCAGGGGUGGCUGCAGCAGUGGGAGGGGGGGCCUUAGGGUUUGCAGGGGGCAACCUGGUCCAGAAACAUCGCAAAACCCAAGUGGAGCUACAGAUGAAACAACUGACAGCACCGCCGCCAGAACCACCAUCUGAACAAGACCUAAGCAAGGACAAAUGACCCAAACAGAGACAGUUCACUAACAAGAUGGUCCAUUUGAGGAAGAACUUCCUGUUUUGGUUUGAUGAGGGUUUCUUUACCGUUCCGCUCCUUUAGAAAACGAGCGGCAGAUCCUGUCCUAUUCAUACCAAUAGAGGAAAUGAAUGUGAUCGAAGAUUAAGACUGAUCCAGUGCCAACAUUUGGCCCAUUUUACCAAGCGCCACAUCUUUUAUUCAUUGUGGCAUGAGUAGAAAAUUUACUUAGUUCGAGGCUUGUGUCUGUGGCAGCAACACGCUCUCACAGGAUCUGGUUAAUCUCAUCUGAAAGAGGUAAAAAGUGUGAAAAUAAAAAAGAAUGAUCAGUUAUUUAAAUUAAAUGGUUACCAUUAAAAAAAAACAUCUGAGUCUUGUGACCGUGGCCAAUUAGUAGACAGGAACCGCUUCUUACCUUUGUCAUGCCAUACAAGUGCACCGUCUUUGUUACAUAUGAUCUUUGACCUGACAUCUUUAGUUACACCAUAUGACCUUUGACCCUGGCUAGUGGCUAAUCACUAAGUUGACUGACCAAUCACAUGCUGUGACUGAGACACAGCCCGAACUAGACCUGACCUCUGAAACUGGACAGUGGAGGAGGCAGCUGUCACGCGUUGCUGUCUGUUACCAAGCAUCACUGUAAAAUUAUGUAACAACAGCCUUAUUUAAAUGUUGAAUGCUGUAACGUUGGGGUGUGAAUGAUGUUUCUGUGAGCAAAGUAAUUUUAUGCACGCAAGCAUUUUUUAAAAAUUUCUGCGUACAACAAAGCAGUUAUUAUUAACACUACAGAUCUUACUGUGUGAUUUGGUCAGCCUGCUAUGGCUGUGAGCACUUCUUCUAAGCAAAAAGAAACAUUUAUAACCAAAUAAAGUGAAGACGCAAGCAUGCUGUAAAAAGU